CCGUCUGAGGGCAUCUGAAGUGGCUGCAGCCUAUGAUCCCGGGACUGAGGUUGGGAUGCCCUGAGCAUCAGGGGCCGCGGAGCCUCUUCGUGCCGCGUUUUCUGCCCCUGGCUGACUUCCCGGGAGAAGAACGGGAUCGCGGGCGAUUUGGCCGAAGGAAAGACGAGUCCUUCUGGGAAAGCGGCCGGAAGAACGGCGGCGCCCCUUCGCUGAGACCGGAGACGAGAAGCUGCCUUCCGGAAGCAGCUCCCGCGGCUGCCAGCCCCGCCCCUCCCCGAGAGCGGAAGCCCCGCCCCUUGACCGCGUCCAAUGAGAGGGAAUAACCCGGAAGUCCUCGGCGGCGGGGCGAGCGGAGAGGCUCCCGAAGGCCCGCCUUUCCGGUCACGUGUUAAGGAGGGACCUGAUUGCUGCUAGCCUCGGCCAAUAAGCGCUCGCUUGCGUCCUGAAAGGCGGGGCUUGUGUGGGCUCCUCCUUUCCUUGCUCCCUGUCUGCCUGCCUCCCUCCCUCUUGGCUGGCCAUGGCCGCCCUCCAGUUCGGGACGGCGGCGGGAGUAGCAGCGGCGGUGGCAGCGGAGGAGGAGGCCGGGGCGGGCUUGGCCUUGCCAGGCGGAGGCAGCGGCGGCCUCCCUCCGGCGGCGGAGUCUUUCCCGAAGGACUUUGGCUACGGAGCAGAGGAGGAGGAGGAGCAGGGCCGGGGGGCGCGGGGCGGAGGAGGCGAGGGCCGAGAGGAGGAGGAAGAGGACGAGGAGGAGGAGGAGGCGGGCGUCGGGGGCGGCGUGGCCGGGGAGAUCGAGCUGGGCGUCGGGGGCGUCGUCCUGGGGGCUCCCUGCGGAGGCGGCCUGGCUCUGGGCUCUGGCUCUGGGGGCGUCGGCGGCGGCGGGGAUUCCUCGAAGCAGCCCCGGAUUCUGCUGAUGGGGCUCCGGCGCAGCGGCAAGUCCUCCAUCCAGAAGGUGGUCUUCCACAAGAUGUCUCCCAACGAGACCCUCUUCCUGGAGAGCACCAACAAGAUCUACAAGGACGACGUCUCCAACAGCUCCUUUGUCAACUUCCAGAUCUGGGACUUCCCGGGGCAGAUGGACUUCUUCGACCCCACCUUUGACUACGAGAUGAUCUUCCGGGGAACCGGGGCCCUCAUCUACGUCAUCGACGCCCAGGACGACUACAUGGAAGCUUUAACCCGGCUCCACAUUACGGUCUCAAAAGCUUACAAGAUUAACCCGGAAAUGAACUUUGAGGUUUUCAUUCACAAAGUGGACGGCUUGUCGGACGACCACAAGAUUGAAACGCAGAGAGAUAUUCACCAGCGGGCCAACGACGAUCUUGGCGACGCCGGCCUGGAGAGGCUUCAUCUCAGUUUUUAUUUGACCAGCAUCUACGACCAUUCAAUAUUUGAAGCCUUCAGUAAGGUGGUGCAGAAGCUUAUUCCACAGUUACCAACUUUAGAGAACCUGCUAAAUAUCUUCAUAUCAAAUUCAGGGAUUGAGAAAGCCUUUCUCUUUGAUGUGGUUAGCAAGAUCUAUAUUGCCACUGAUAGUUCGCCUGUGGACAUGCAGUCUUACGAACUCUGUUGCGACAUGAUAGACGUGGUCAUUGAUGUUUCCUGUAUCUAUGGGCUGAAGGAAGAUGGCAGCGGAAGUGCUUAUGACAAAGAGUCUAUGGCAAUUAUCAAACUCAACAACACAACUGUUCUGUAUUUAAAAGAAGUUACAAAGUUCCUGGCCUUGGUGUGUAUCCUUAGAGAAGAAAGCUUUGAACGCAAAGGUUUAAUAGAUUACAAUUUCCACUGUUUCCGAAAGGCCAUCCACGAAGUCUUUGAGGUGGGCAUUUCCUCCCACCGAUCCUGCAACCACCAAGCAAACAUUCCUGGUCUGAAAGCAGUGACUCACAAUGGCACCCCUAGAAAUGCAGUCUAGGGGUGGGUUGGGGUCCAGGCCAGCCAGGUGCCCAUGUGUUCGUGUCUUGGGGACGGGCAGCACAUGGACCUGGCUAGACGCAUCCCUCCGCACUGCCUGCAAGAGGAGAGGCUUUUCUGGAGCUGCACUGAAGGAGUCCAGGCGGCAGCGAAGGCAAAGACCUUGGGGUGGAGGUGCAUCAUGGUGGCCCGUCUUCUCUGGCGGCCCUCUCUCAGCCUUGUACAAGCUGCUCCUCUGCUUGGACUUUCCCCUUUAGAUAAAACAGGGCAUGGAUUAUUGCAGCUGAGCUGACACUUGCUCAGCGUUACAUUGCUAUUCACUUGUCAGUUUCAAGGAAGGGGCUGAACCCACAGAGGUUCAGAAGCAGUGUCACAACUUGUAGCUUAGUGGAGCACAACUGCUAACAUUCCAUGUGAUCCUUGGCUUCAUGGUAAUACCUGAAAAAUAAUUCCAUUUUUUGUGCCUCGGCAAAGGAGCCGAUUGUCUUUGUUUCUGACCUUGCUGCUCAGAACUGGGUUGGAUUCUCAAGCUUGUUGACAAGCCGCUUAACAAGUUGCUGGCAACAGUUUCUCUACUUGGUCUUGAAGUGGCUUUUGGUUCUGUCCAGUCAUGGCUAAUGUCUUCGCGGACUUGGUACGCAUUUGAUUUUCAAAACCCAUCUGGCUGCAGAAAGGGUUGGCUUCUGUACAAUGGCCAGCAGCCGGGCCUUGGCUUUGUUCCACUUUGCAGGCAGGGAUGCUUCCCUGCUCUGGUCAAGCGUUUGCCUCCCUCUCAUGUGAACCUUCCUCUCACUUCCAGCACACACUGGUUUCCAGGGAGUGGUGGGUCCCUCUUCUGUCCAGUUCCUCAACGGUCAGUGCAGAUCUAUGUGGAAGGCUUGCUCCAGCCGUCUUUCAGAGGGGACCCUCAGGGGAGACACAUCUCACUCAUCUGCAUUAAUAAAAUGUCUUUAUCUCAACAA